UCGAUAUAGCAUAACAAUUUGAACUGCGGUUUCAGUGAGUUGCCCUCCAUGACUGGAUACCAGUUGAUCCGAGCACAAGGGCAAUCAAUUGCCCGUUCUGCUUGAUCGUCGGCAGCCAAUCAUAGUUGGUGUGGUACACUCUGCAAGACGAUUUGGCUCACUAAAGAGGCCAUCAUGGAGCUCAAUACAACAUAUGACCUUCUACAAUGCAGCCGCCGAGACAACCAUUCUCGUCAUCAUCGGAGCUUUUGCUGCACAGAUUAUCUUAUGGCUCCUCGUCCUCGCGAUGGCUUCUGAAAGCAAAUUAGGGGGCGGAGCAAAGUUCCGCAUGUGCAUGUUAUCAAAAGAACCAAGAGCGGAGUGAAAGACACCGGGUAGAAGGUAGAGAUUGUGCGUCUGGAAAUAGCAUCGCCAAGAGUAAGCAAAGAGUGCAGCGUGAUUGACUUCUCGAAUUCUCCAUGCUCUGAGUAGAAAGAGCGACUGUCAUGAGUAUUAGGCAGGUGCCUAAGAUUUCAAUGGUCAGACUCCAUCAUCUUGCCCCAUGAAACUACAUCUUCUUGACUGUAGCAGAAGUACCCAGCACCAUUUCAUUACUUGGAGCAUGUUGAGUCUGCUGCACUAGGGCAGAUUUGAACAGACCAGUGUCUGUAGUUUGAAGUUAGGCAUUUGCUAAGCUUUUGG